GCCGCGCCCCCGGCCCCGCGCGCGCUCCGGGCUCGCGGCUGCUGCCGGAAGUGGCGGUCCCCGAGGUGUCCCUGGCGCCAUGGGGGACACCGGGGUGGCCGUGUCACCCGCAGGGGUGGCCGUGUCACACGCCGUGCUCUGUGUCACCAGCCUGGGCUGCGCCAUUGCCGCCAGACAGGUGACCCCAGGCCCGGCCGCUGGUUUCCUCCUGCAGGCCCUGGUGGCCGCCAGCACCGCGAUGUCCCCUCUGUGUCCCCUCAAUGUCCCCAAGGUGCCACCACCGCUGUCCCCUCUGUAUCCCCACGAUGUCCCCAAAGCGCCACCACCGCCAUCCCCUCAAUGUCCCCACGAUGUCCCCAAAGCGCCACCAUCGCCGUCCCCUCAAUGUCCCCACGAUGUCCCCAAGGUGCCACCGGGCUCCUGGAUCUGCUCGGUGCUGUCCCAGCCCUUGGUGGCCUUCGGGUGCCACCGCCUGAGCGGUGACAGCGCCACCGCCGGUGUCCUGCUGGCCUCGGGGACGGCGGUGGCCGCGCUGGCCGCGGCGUGGCCGCGCUUUGUCACCGAGGGCCACUUUGUCCCCGCGGGUCACUUUGUCACCGCGCUGACGGCGGCGUCGCUGCUGGCGCUGGCGGCGCUGACGGGCAGCGUCCCCGGGGCGGUGGCGGCGGCGCUGGUGGCACUCGGGGACGCGGUGGCACCGGGCGCUGUCCCCUGGGUCAGGGUGGCGGCCAGCGUGGCGCUGCUGGGGACACUGCGGGAGCAGCGCAGGGGACACUGGGGACACCAAUAAAGGACAGCAGGAUGGCACUCAA